UUUGUGUCCCUCCUCCAGUCCGCGCGGUGGAAGAUCCGGUUAGAGACGCACAGUGCGCAUCCCUCCUCUAACCUCAACCUUCAAACAGCCGCCGUGGAAAGACGGCGUCCCACGAGGAUUCCACCUCACCCCGGCGGUGGCGCAGUUUUCGGGGUGGAUCAUAGAGGGGGUACAACGUACGCCCUGAACAGUAAUCAUGCAGAACAUCGGGGUGGAUCGCUCCAGGUUUCGGGUGAAGCCUCCACCACCCAGCAGUGGCCUGAGAGUCACCUACACCCCCGGGCCGGUGGCGGCGGGGAUGCAGACGAGUCUGGACAUAGAAUUGUUCGCCAUGGCCAUCGGAUUGGACAGACCGGAGGGGGCAGCUGAGUGUUCACAUUGCAUCGAGAUCCAGACUGAGGUGGAGACGCUCUUCCUCCCGGUGAUGGCAACAGUUCUUACAGAGGGUGUGUAUGAGAGCCACAUGGAGGGUGCAGCAAACAAAGACUUGGGGCUGGGAGUGAAGCUGGUCAGUAGCAGCCUCCAGUCCAGGCUGGAACUUCUCAGACCAAGAAAAAUAGCAGAAACAGGUACGGACCUUCCAGGAGGGGCAACGCAUGGAGGC